AUGGGUGCUGGGGCUGUUCUUGAGCCCUUAGCGGUCAUUGUUCUUCUCUUCGGAGGCACAUGGAUCAACAGGGUGACCAAUACCGGGGAUUCCCGCACAUAUGUUCGUCGACGGUCUUCUGAAUACAUGCGAGCCGACUCGACAGACUCACUUGAGUCAGGAUAUUCGAGCCCAAAAUCCAACGAUGGCCUUCUAAGCGCCCGCUCCUGCUCUCCGAUGCCGCAGUUAUCCGACGGUCGAUGGCAUAAACGACAACUCAGCCUAUUAAGUUUAUCCUGGACGGUAUCCUCUCCAAACACGGAGGUGUUCAAAGACCGACUGCUGAGUCGUCUGCUUCGAAAAUUGCCUUUCCUGGUGGAAUGCUGGUACUGGGCUCUGGUAUAUUGGACAUACCAGCUCGGUCGUGCAUUCACUGCCGUCACCCUUCAGGAAGACACCGUCAACGUUGCCAGAAGUCAUGCUCUGAGAUUGAUAGAGAUGGAGGAGAGGUUGGGUAUCUUCUGGGAGUUACGCAUUCAGCACUUCUUCCUUCGUCAUCCUUUGGUCAUGACGUGGAUCAAUUGGAUAUACUCCUUCAUCCAUAUCCCGGGUACUAUCGCGUUUCUCGUCUGGCUAUAUUAUUAUACCAUCACUCGCAAUCGAAUCAAUGAGUCUCAACCAGGAAAGUCUCGAGGGGCUGUGAGUGGAUCACCGGCAGGGCCGUUGCUGUAUCAGGCAAGACGACGCACAUUGGCUGUUUGCAAUCUGCUCGCAUUUGUGGUGUUUACCUUAUGGCCCUGCAUGCCGCCACGAUUACUUAGCGAUCCGAAGGUCGAAGGCCCAGAGGGAGAGCUUGGUCGCAGCUAUGGCUUCAUCGACACCGUUCAUGGGGCCGAUGGUGCAGGGAGCGUGUGGACGGAUAACCGGUUCUGCAAUCAAUAUGCGGCAAUGCCAUCCUUGCAUUUCGGCUACUCUCUCAUGAUUGGACUCACCAUCAUGACCAUUCCUCUUCCUUCACACCAUCGACGAGUCCUCCGUACUCGGUUAGGUUGGAGUAUCGGACUACGCAUCCCGUCGUGGCGCAGGAUGGUCUGUCUAGUCCUCGGUUUCCUCUAUCCGUUCAUCAUAUUGGUGGCUAUUGUGGCCACAGCCAAUCAUUUCAUUGUGGAUGCAAUUGCUGGAGCUCUGGUUUGUGCUUUCGGCUGGUGGUCCAACGGGGUGCUGUUGAAUCUGUUGCCAGUGGAGGAUUACUUUCUCUGGCUGGUUCGAAUUCAUAAACCAGAGCCUUCCGCCAUCAGCGUUAUUGACCGGUUGUCUGAUGAGUGUAAUUCGGAGGAUUCAGAGACACAACAAGCUGUGCUGCCACCAUGA